CGAGAAAAAUAACACAUUAGAAAGUCAUUAAAGAUGUAUCACUAAGUUUGUGUUGAGUUUUUCUAAGAUUUACUAGGUUCAGGACUUUUGAGUUAAGUGCCUUGAGUUGAUAUAAGUAGGAUCAAGACAUGUAAGAUUCAUUCGAAAACUCAAAUGCACUCAUUUAAGAUGAGACCUGAAUCAUUGAACUUGCUUUUUUUUUUUCUUUUCUUCCAAGGAAUUCUUAAAUUUGGCCUAUCAUAUUGUUUAGGGGAAAAAUUAUCAUCCAAUAGAAACUUGAUAUAAUACGACUUGCUUGUCCUACAAAAGAAUAACACAUUAGAAAGUCAUUAGAGAUGUAUCGCUAAGUUUGUGUUAAGUUUAAUUCAUACUUACAAUUUUCAUAGCUUUAGAGUCAGGUGCCUUGAGUUGAUAUAAGUAGGACCAAGACAUGUAAGAUCCAUUCGAAAACUCAAGUGCACUCUUUUAAGAUCAGACUAAAGGACGACUCUAUUUUUUUUUUCUUCAAAUUACGACACACAUGAUCUUUCUAGAUUUUUGUCUCCUACUUUGUUUGAAUUGUAUUAUGACUUCAAUGUUUAUUAUGACUUCUAGAUUUUAUUUGUAAGUGUACGAUAUUGAAAGAUAAAUUUAAACUAAUACAUAAUUCAUAAUAUCGUUUAUAACUAAAUUCCGAUAUAGUAGUAAAAACUAGAUGCGUAGGCGGAUAUACUCAUCAAGUUUUACUAGAUAGUGAAUUCAUAAGUGGAUUAAAGAUGAUCAAUCUGCUUAAUAUUUGUGCCUAAUUUAUCCAAGUAUCACUUCAAUCUUUGACUGAUCGGCAGAGAGGUAAAGAUCUUCAGUUUCUUUUCCUUUUCAAACUAUUUUCCUGACGGCUAUGGCUAAUACAGUUGACCACCAGACGACAACCCAUCACGUCGUCAAGAAAACCAAUUUCGCACGUCUCGCCGCCGGCCACAAAACGCCCGCCGCAAGGAGGCCACUUCCGUAAAUCACCAACUCCACCACUUCAUUGGAGGAAAGAAAAAAAGGGAAUUAUGUAUUUUCUUUCCUUUUGUCUCCUUUCCCCUCUGUCGCUGGCCAACUGAUGAUUGUGAAAUUGUCAAAGUGUGAAACCUGAAAUUAGAGAACUAAUAAAGACUCCUUCCUUCCUUCCUUCCUUCCUUCUUCUCAAUCUUCUAUUUUUCUUCUUUCUCCAACUCGCCGGAUAUCACUCAAAGAUUCUUCUGUCCCUCUUCUUCUUCGCCAGCAGUUUCUGAGCCGAACCCAGAGAGGGCAAGGGGGAAAUCAUCGUACCCGAAUCCGAAAGAUUCCGCCUUUAGGAUUCUGAUUCUCGUUUCUAUAGUCUUCUUCCCCUCUCCCCGUUCUGGUUCUACAUCGUGAAGCUUGCUGCUUUGUUCAUGUCGAAUGUUACUGUAAGUUUGGUUUGCUUCCUUGUGCUUCCCGACAAGAUCAAUUAAGUCAUCUUAGCUAUGUUUAUGUUUGCAUUGAUUAGCGAGGUUUCUUAUGUUAAAGUUCCUUCCUUUUUUCGUUUCUUCUUAGUUGGGGAAAAGGGUCUGAUUGAGAAUUGGGGUUGCAGUUGGUAUUUUUGGUGGGAAGUUUGAAGAGUGGGCUCAAAAUUCUGGGGAUUUGAUGGAAUAUUUGAACUCUGUGGACGAAUUCCAUGCUGUUUACUGGCUCUAGAUGUAAGUUUUGAACCUUUGGUUGGUAACUUCAUGAAAUUUUUGGAGGGUCAACGAUGAAGGCUUGCAGUUAAUGGCCAUGUUGCUAUAGAGAUCCAAUGUCAUGGAGUUUGGAAUUUAGCAGGUUCAAUAUGUUGGUUGGUUUUGGGGUUCUUUUACCUUGGGGGGUUUGGUUGGAUACUAUUUCUUCAUGUCAUGUGGGGUUUGAAGGUUUUGUUUCUCCUCAAUUUCACUCGAGUAAUAUGUGUGCUUGAAUUGGUAUUGAAGUUGUUGCUGUUUAUGUGCUUUGAAGUUACAGUAGACAUGAUAGUAUGAACAACUGAAAAGCUUCAUGUGAGAUAAAUUGGAACUUAGGGAGGAUGUAGUUUAUCAUUUUGUUCGGAAACUUAAUUGAAAUCCAUUUCAUACUAACUUGCAGGUGAUGAAUUCAGUUGCUUAAGAUGUAUGAUUGUGGUUUGAAGACCCAAUAUCUGCCUGGCCAAAGAGACAAGUUUGUUAGACUGGAUGAUUUGGACUCAAGAGUAUCAUCAUCGCCCUCCGAGGCAGGGCCGAGAAGAUGUGGAUUUGGCAUCGAGGCACUAAACUGUGCUGGCCAAGCACCCGAUACACCAUCCAGAUCUUUUAAGAAUGGAAUCAAAAGGGGAUCAGAAGGACUCAAAUCCAUAGGGCGUUCACUUCGAUUCGGAGUUUCUCGUGGUGUCUUCCCUGAAGAUCUUAAAGCAUCGGAGAAGAAGAUAUUUGAUCCUCAAGACAAGUUCCUUUUGUUGUGCAACAAGCUCUUUUUGGUGUCAUGCAUUUUGUCUGCAUUUGUAGACCCACUUUUCUUUUACCUCCCGGUGUUCAAUGAUGCGGGGUUCUGCCUUGGGAUCGAUCGGAAAUUAGCACAUACAGUGUCGACAUUAAGGACAAUUGUUGAUGCUUUCUACCUUGCUCGAAUGGCUCUCCAGUUCAGGACGGCUUACAUUGCACCUUCUUCUCGUGUGUUUGGCCGUGGUGAGCUGGUGAUCGAUCCCACUCAGAUAGCUAAGCGGUACAUGCAAUAUUACUUCUGGAUCGAUUUCCUCGCCAUCUUUCCCCUUCCUCAGAUUGUGGUCUGGAAGUUUCUUCAGAGGUCCCAUGGCUCUGAUGUUCUAACAACGAAAAGAGCCAUCCUAGCCAUCAUUUUGCUCCAAUACGUUCCUAGAUUCCUUCGGUUCAUACCUUUAACUUCCGAACUCAAAAGAACAGCGGGUGUCUUUGCCGAAACCGCUUGGGCUGGUGCUGCUUGUUACCUGCUCUUAUACAUGCUUGCAAGUCAUGCAGUUGGUGCUUUGUGGUACUUGCUAGCCAUUGAGAGGAAGGAUGCAUGCUGGCAGAAGUUCUGUACCCCAGAAGUAAAAUGCCAGACCAAUUUCUUGUACUGUGGGAACCAGUUCAUGACAGGGUUUGGUGAUUGGACUCCCUUGAGGAACAACACUCUCGAGUCUAAUUGUGUGACGAAAGAAGAUGGACCGUUUGAUUAUGGGAUCUUCUUGAAUGCUUUGUCAUCCGGGGUUGCCUCCUCAAAGGUGUUCGUGGCUAAGUACUGCUAUUGCUUGUGGUGGGGGCUUCAGAAUCUUAGUACACUUGGUCAGGGGCUUCAAACCAGCACAUAUCCUGGAGAGGUUAUCUUUUCUAUAGCACUUGCAAUAUUUGGACUCAUCCUCUUUGCACUUCUCAUUGGUAACAUGCAGACCUAUCUCCAGUCACUUACGAUACGUUUGGAAGAGAUGAGGGUGAAAAGGCGCGACUCAGAACAAUGGAUGCGCCAUCGCUUGCUCCCAACCGAACUCAGAGAAAGGGUUAGGAGAUAUGACCAGUACAAGUGGUUGGCAACUCGUGGAGUUGAUGAAGAGAUUCUGGUUCAGAGCCUUCCUAAGGAUCUUAGAAGAGACAUCAAACGUCAUCUUUGUUUGGCACUAGUCCGGCGGGUUCCUCUGUUCGAUAACAUGGACGAGAGGCUGCUUGAUGCCAUAUGCGAGCGGCUGAAACCAUGCCUGUUCACUGAAUCUACCUACAUCGUCCGAGAAGGCGAUCCGGUCGAUGAGAUGCUCUUCAUCAUUCGAGGACGCCUCGAGAGUGUAACAACAGAUGGUGGCAGGAGCGGCUUCUUCAACCGUGGAUUCCUCAAAGAAGGAGAUUUCUGUGGUGAGGAGCUCUUAACCUGGGCCCUUGAUCCCAAAUCUGGCGGCAACUUACCAACCUCAACCCGAACCGUGAGGGCCAUAACCGAAGUCGAGGCCUUUGCCCUGACUGCCGAUGAAUUGAAGUUCGUUGCCAGUCAGUUCAGGCGCCUCCAUAGUAGGCAGGUGCAGCACACGUUCAGGUUCUACUCGCAACAAUGGAGGACUUGGGCCGCGUGCUUCAUCCAGGCAGCCUGGCGACGACACCUGAAGAGGAAGAACAUGGAGCAGCAGCGUCGCAAGGAGGAAGAGGAAGAAGCAGCGCAGAGCACGAGUGGCAGCGGAGGAGGAGGAGGAGGCUCGUUCAGCAUUGGCGCCACGUUCUUGGCCUCGAGGUUCGCAGCAAACGCACUUCGUGGGGUCCACCGGAACAGGAAUGCCAAAACGGCGAGAGAGCUGGUGACGCUGCAGAAGCCUCCUGAGCCUGAUUUCACGGCUGAUGAUGCAGAUUGAAUUGAUUAAGCACCCCCCGUAAAAUUCGAUUAUCAUUAUCAUUCUAAUUUGCUGUUAACUAUCUGCAUUCUCUGGCCCUCAAGACACUGUAUAUUAUUAUUUGCAUGAAAUUAAAUUAUAGGACAGUAAACUCUAUGGCGUUGAUUGGGAUUUGAACUGAUAAAAGUAAUUGUCCGGAAAAUAUGAUCAAUCGACUCCUAAAUCUCAACCAAACCGUAAUUAGCACACUUUUUCUCCAACUGGCGAAAUUACGUUUACCACCCCAAUAGCGGAACCGGGAGGCCAUCCACUCUCCGAAUAAACGCCUUUCUGAAAC